AUGUCGGAAACAGAAGCAACGCAGACUGCCGUUGCUCCUGCGGACUCGGAGCCUCAAGAGACUUCGUACGGGGUAAUACAAGAAUCAGCUCCUGAAGGUCUUGCUGUCGAACCAAUUGAGCCCAAGACUGCUUUGACCGACCAAUUCACACCAAAGGAGUGGGAUGCUUUGAAGGCCUUCCGGGUUGAAAUUCCUGAUGCGUUGGCUUCUGCUUAUCCCGACAAGAACAACGCGAAGACCGCUGCUGUAAAGUUAUGGGGCGUUACUAUAGAGCCCUCUAAUCUUCUUGACGCUAAAGUGAGUGUUGUUCUCAUGAAAUUUCUACGAGCCAGAAAUCUCAGUGUGAGCGAAGGGAAAACUAUGUUCAUUGCUACGCUGCGCUGGAGGGACCAGUUCAACGUCGAAGCUGCUUGCAAGGAAGAAUUUCCUCAAGACGUGUUCGGACAGUUAGGUCACAUUUAUGGACAGGACAAGGCAGGGCGACCAGUCGUAUACAAUGUAUAUGGCGGUAACCAAGACCUUAAAGCUGUUUUUGGGGACAUACAGCGUUUCUUGAGAUGGCGUGUGGCAUUCAUGGAGAAGAGCAUAGAGUUGCUCGACUUCGAAACUACCGAUCAGAUGAUUCAAGUGCAUGACUACGCAGGAGUUUCCAUGACAAGUCGCGAUACUAACUCCAAGAACGCUGCAUCGGAAGCAAGUAGUAUCUUCUCUAGCCAUUAUCCCGAACUCUUGCACAAGAAGUACUUCGUCAACGUCCCUUCGUAUAUGACUUGGAUAUUUUGGCUAUUCAAACCUCUCAUGCCAUCAGCUACGUUAGCGAAGAUGUCAGUUGUCGGAUCCGGAGCUUCGACUAUUGGCAAGGCGCUUUUGGCCGAAGUCAAUGCCAAGCAACUUCCGACCCGUUACGGGGGUGAAGCAGAAGCAUUCUGA